ACUGAAUGUUCGAGACUAAUUUGCAGACAGCGGCCGCCAUAUUGUUUUUGUUGACAGUCAAGAUAAAAGAAGAUUACAGAAAAUGAUGAAUACGCUGCCACAUAAUCACGCAAAUGCUCCACCAGGUAAACGAAAGGAAAUAUAUAAAUAUGAAGCUCCAUGGACAGUGUACAGUAUGAACUGGAGUGUUAGACCAGAUAAACGAUUCAGACUGGCAUUGGGUAGCUUUGUAGAAGAAUAUAACAACAAGGUUCAAAUUGUUGCCUUAGAUGAAGAUACAUCAGAGUUUAUGGCCAAGAGUACAUUUGAUCAUCCCUACCCUACAACUAAACUUAUGUGGAUACCUGACUCAAAAGGAGUAUUUCCUGAUCUAUUAGCAACUAGUGGUGAUUAUUUACGUGUUUGGCGUGUUGGUGAUACAGAUACCAGACUAGAAUGUCUGCUAAAUAAUAAUAAGAAUUCUGAUUUCUGUGCACCUCUAACAUCAUUUGAUUGGAAUGAAGUUGAUCCUAAUUUAUUAGGUACAUCUAGUAUUGAUACAACUUGUACUAUCUGGGGAUUAGAGACAGGUCAAGUUUUAGGAAGAGUAAAUAUGGUAUCAGGUCAUGUAAAGACACAGUUGAUAGCUCAUGAUAAAGAAGUUUACGAUAUUGCAUUUAGUAGAGCUGGUGGUGGUCGCGAUAUGUUUGCUAGUGUUGGUGCUGAUGGUUCUGUACGAAUGUUUGAUUUACGACAUUUGGAACAUUCUACAAUAAUCUACGAAGAUCCCCAACACAACCCUUUAUUACGUCUGGCCUGGAAUAAACAAGAUCCUAACUAUUUAUGUACAAUGGCCAUGGAAGCACAAGAGUGUAUUAUAUUAGAUGUAAGAGUUCCCUGUACCCCAGUCGCCCGUCUCAACAAUCAUAGAGCCUGUAUCAAUGCCAUUACAUGGGCUCCACAUUCAAGUUGCCAUAUCUGUACUGCUGCUGAUGAUCAUCAGGCAUUAAUAUGGGAUAUACAACAAAUGCCGAGAGCUAUAGAAGAUCCAAUAUUAGCGUACACAGCAGCAGGGGAGAUAAAUCAAAUCCAAUGGUCGUCAACGCAACCUGACUGGAUAUCAAUAUGCUAUAAUAAUAACAUGGAAAUACUCCGCGUGUAAAAAAAGAACAAAAUUAUGACAGUUUUAUUGAGAGGAAACUUAAUCUGUGUCGAUCUUUGAAGAAACAAGUUGUGAAAUUUUGCAAAGACAUUUUCUGCAGAGUUAUUGUCAGAGUAUUGUGCAUUCGGCAAACUUAGGCAGACUCCAAUACCCUACAUCUAGCCUUGUCUGUAUGACGAAUUCCACCAUUGGAACUACUUUCAAGUUCCCGAAUUACAAAUGGUGGCACUAAUGAAGACGCCUGUGAAAAGUGUUUUAUCAUUCAUACAAAGCUUUCAAUGUCGGAAGCUGUUUUUCUUUCAAGUUUAUCUGAUUUUCUUUAAGGACAAUUUUGCAGCGAAAACUCUAAACACACUUCGAAUGAUGCUAUUUUGAGAACUUCUUUCUAAAAGUGGCAAGUUUUCCUAAUAAUUAAAUGGGUAUUAUGGAAAAUGAGAUAAAGAGCUGGCAGUUCUCACUAUAAUAGUUAAAAACUAGAUAAUGCAAAGGAAAUAUGCUGAAAAUUUCAGUCAAAUUGCUCCACUCUGAACCGUGAUAUUAGCUAUUGAAUUUUAGGCAUAUCCUCGAUCAUCAUUACUUAAGUCAAUACCUUAAAAAAAACUUAGUCUUGAUUAUUCAUUUUUGCAUUUAAUCAUCAAUGAGUGUUGUGCAGCGGUCGGAUUCAAAUUCAGUGAAAAGCGAACACAUAAGAUGGCGUCAAGAGUUGAUUACGGUCUUUUCAUGGUAAUAAAUAUCUAAUAGUUUAUAUAACAUUUCAGGCCUAUAGAAAAACCUGCAAUAGGCAGAUUUAGCUCUUGCAUAAUGUAUGUUUAAAUCGGUAGCCGCAUCACAAUUGUAUGGGUGUACAUGUAGGUACCAGGCCCGUAGCUAGUGGUGGGCAAGGGAGGCAGCCCACCCAAUGUCACUCAGCUUUAUGGGGCGCCCAUACUGAUAUGGGCACGUUGGUCGUUGGCUUCGUAAUGUGUCCAAUGGAAAGGACGCGGUUCAGGCUCCCUUGCCCCGCCCUGCUCCGCUAGCUUAUAUGAGCAUGUUGGUCGUUGGCCUCGUAUUGCAUCCAAUAGAAAGGAUGCGGUUCGGGCUCCCUUGCCCCGCCCCGCUAGCUACAGCCCUGGGUACAUAUCCCUUACCAUCAUAUAGUCGGGACUAGAUGGAGGGUACUGCAUUCUGCCAAGGUUUGCUGAGUGAGUAUUGCGUACUCAAAUGUAACAUAUAUUCAUGGAAACUUUAAUGUCUUAACAAUAUAAUGUAACUUAAAGCAGCUGAUUUUCAUUAGAGGGAUUUUGAAUCCUUUGCCAACUACAAUAUUAUGAAAGCUGAAUCUCUAAUAGGAAUAUCAGUCCCAAAAAUGGUUCAAUUCCAUUCUGUAUUUAUAAACAUAUGAAUUGCAAAUUUGACAACAUUCAUCAUCCUUGGCAAACCAUAUAUACAAGCCAGCACCACAUAUAAGUUUUGGGUAAAAAAUUUGGAUGACUCUUUAAUUUAAUACAAGCCGGGAGAUUAUCGACCAUUGAUAUUUUCAAUUUGUUUUCCUAAUUUAAUGUUAAUUAAUCGAGCAUGGAUUAAGCCUUGAAAAAAUUAGAUAUUGUCUGAAAUUUGCAAAUGGCGAUCAACAGUUUUAAAAUCAGUUAGGCAGUAUUUAUCAUUGACUUGUAUAUUGCCAGUUUUGUGGAUGUGUGUCAGUUUCGGUGCCUGGAUAAUCAAGAUAAUUCUACUACUUGUCGCUCUAUCAUACACAUAAAUAUAGUCUUGAUUAUCCAGGCAAUAUUUAGUUUCAAACAUGGCUGUCAAACAUAGGUGUCAGUGCCUGGUUAAUCAAGAUAAUUCUACUUACUUGUCGCUCUAUGAUAUACAUAAAUAUAGUCUUGAUUAUCCAGGCAAUAUUUAGUUUCAAACAUGGCUGAUGAACAUAGUUGUCAGCUUAACACUAAUUAAUUCUGUUGCAGAGACAUGCAGUAAGUUACAUAUUAUUUUCAUUGUAUUGCAGCAACAGAAAUAAGUAGUGAAAUAUCUUAACAAUGCGCCUUAUCAGUGUGUCAAAAAUUAACCAGGCUGGCAUGGUUGGUGCUAUAUGCUGUGGCUCAUUCUACUCUGAUAUAUUUAAUAAUAGAAAAUGAGUACUAUGAUAUAUUUAACAAUAGUGUAUACACUGUGUAACUCAUUGUUCUCUGAUAUAUUUAACAAUACAAAAUGGUGUAUCUGUAACUCAUUCUGCUCUGAUAUAUUUAACAAUAGGAAAUAGUUAGUGUAUACACUGUCACCUGUUCUACUCUGAUAUUUAAGUUAGUGUAUACACUAUAACUCAUUCUGCUCUGAUAUAUUUAACAAUAGAAAAUAGUUAGUGUAUACACUGUCACCUGUUCUACUCUGAUAUUUAAGUUAGUGUAUACACUAUAACUCAUUCUGCUCUGAUAUAUUUAACAAUAGGAAAUAGUGUAUACACUGUCGCCUGUUCUACUCUGAUAUAUCAGUUAGUGUAUACACUAUAACUCAUUCUGCUCUGAUAUAUUUAACCAUAGAAAAUAGUUAGUGUAUACACUGUCACCUGUUCUACUCUGAUAUUUAAGUUAGUGUAUACACUAUAACUCAUUCUGCUCUGAUAUAUUUAACAAUAGAAAAUAGUUAGUGUGUACACUGUCACCUGUUCUACUCUGAUAUUUAAGUUAGUGUAUACACUAUAACUCAUUCUGCUCUGAUAUAUUUAACAAUAGGAAAUAGUGUAUACACUGUCGCCUGUUCUACUCUGAUAUAUUAGUUAGUGUAUACACUAUAACUCAUUCUGCUCUGAUAUAUUUAACAAUAGAAAAUAGUUAGUGUAUACACUGUCACCUGUUCUACUCUGAUAUUUAAGUUAGUGUAUACACUAUAACUCAUUCUGCUCUGAUAUAUUUAACAAUAGAAAAUAGUUAGUGUAUACACUGUCACCUGUUCUACUCUGAUAUUUAAGUUAGUGUAUACACUAUAACUCAUUCUGCUCUGAUAUAUUUAACAAUAGGAAAUAGUGUAUACACUGUCGCCUCUUUUACUCUGAUAUAUUAGUUAGUGUAUACACUAUAACUCAUUCUGCUCUGAUAUAUUUAACAAUAGAAAAUAGUGUAUACACUGUCGCCUGUUCUACUCUGAUAUAUUAGUUAGUGUAUACACUAUAACCCAUUCUUCUCUGAUAUAUUUAACAAUAGAAAAUAGUGUAUACACUGUAGCUUGUUCUACUCUAAUAUAUAUUUAAUGAUAUAAAAUAGUGUAUAAACUAAUAUAUUUAAUAAUAUAAAGUAGGUUAGUGUAUACACUGUAGCUUGUUCUACUCUGAUAUAUUUAAUAAUAUGAGCAAAAUUUAUAUUAAUUUGAAAAUAUUAUAUUAUGGCCAUCUAUAGACAUAAUCUUACAAAUCUCCAUAUUUCUCAAAUAUACGGUUUGAAAACUUGAAUUCUGGCAUUAGUUGGCAAGUAAAGUAACAUGUGUUUACACUAAGUGAUGUUAUAGAGAAAUAAACGCGGACAUUAUACGAUAAUAUGGCUAGUAUCUGAUGUUAAAAUUUUAGAAUUUCUAAGUUGGUAGGAAUAUUUAACAAUUAGUAUGUUCAAAAACAUAGAUUAUGCUGACUUACAUAGAUUUAUAAAGAAGUUUGUGACCUAGUCUGACCUUUCAUUCAGCCAAUGAACAGGCAAUUUGGUUCUUGCAAGAGUGAUUUAAACCAAUCACUGUAGCUAAAAUUAGACUAAUAGAGAAUCAAAGUAAAAAUUAUAAAGCACUAAUGUUGCUCAUGGCAUUAACUAACAUUAAAGAUGGAUUAUGUAAGAGCGAAAUCUACCUAUUGCAGAUCUUUGGGGUUGUUUUUUUUGCUUCAAAUAUUAUAUAAAUUAUUAAAUAUGCAUUAUGUAACAUUUAGAUAAGGAGCUGACCUAUCUGGCUGUAAUAUUUCAAAAAUUGAUAAUGAAAAAUAAAUAUAUCUAUAUUACUUUAUUCUGAGCAAAGUUAUGAGUGUUGGAAGAUGUAGCUUAGAUUGUUUAUUAUCAUAGCAAAGGUACUGGACAAAUGAGACUAAGUCUCGAUUAUCCAUUUUAUCUUUAAAAUUUGAAAAUCUUGUGGCCUCUCUAAUCCAUUUAAAUCUGGGCUAUCUAAUGAUCUAGAGAGCUGAUUAUAGGCUUUACAGGUUAAUAAAUGUCUAAAUAAUAGUUUAUAUAACAUUUGAAGCCAAAAUAAAGACCUGCAAUAGGCAGAUUUAGAUCUUAACAUAUCUUUAAUCAGGCAUUUAUUCACUUGACAAGUUCACAAUCAACUCUCUAGACCAGCGGUUAGCCAUGAUUUUAUAUGGAUUAAAACACAAUAAUUUAAUGUAAAAAUAGAUAAUCAAGACUUUAUUUAAUAUAGUAGUAGUAAUGGGGCCUGACAUUCAAGACUAUAUUGUAAAAACUUCACACUCUCAUAAAUUUGCUCAGAAUAAAGUGAUUUCACUGAAAAAAAAUUAUAUCUAUUUUUAAACUAUUAUGGCAAGAAUUGUCAGCUCUUCAUCUAAAUCUCACAUAAUGCAUCUUUAAAACACUAACGAAAAAAAAAAAAGAUCAAAUUUGUUCUCAUCUGCGAUAUCCAUUAGAUUAAUAGUAAAUUCAUGUAGUUGUGUAUUAAAUGUUUGUCUACAUUGUAUAAAUCAUGUUGUGAAGAAUAUUGAUACUGUUAAAACAUUGGCAAUAUUAGUAUUAGUUUCAUGUCUUACAUUACAUCAUCUGUAUAGGAUUUUCUGGUUGAUUAGGAAAUGUGUGUAGACUUUUUUGUGAAAGACCCAACAACUUUAGAUUUUAUGUAUGGUGUGAAAUACCCAACUAAAUAUUAUAUAACACUUACAAAUUUUAUGAAAGACCAAACAGCUUUUGAUUCAAAUUUAUGGUGUGAAAUACCCAACAAAAUAUUUUUUUAUUAUAUAAAACUAUGUAUUGCAUAUUUGAGUUGAUAUUUUGUAUGGGGAGUAUUAUUUUGAUUUAGUCCAGACUGAUGUGUUUGAUGAGCUCCAAACUAAAUCUAAAGCAUUUUGAUUUUUUCACAUAAAUCUCUUUUGUUAUGUUGUUUGUAUUUGGUAGAGAAUUAUGGAAACAUUUCUUUUAAAAUUAUUAUCAUCAAUAAUGAUUAUUUAUUGUCUAUUCCCAGUGGCAUGCAGGGUGUGGGCAACUGCCAGUGGCAGAGCCCAGAAUAUGUCCUAUGGCUACCGUGAAAAAGAGGCUUAUUCCUUGUUCUGAUCUUGGGAAGGCAGCUGCAAAAUUUGUUGUUGCCUAAAAAGUACCUCAGCAUGCCACUGGUCUAUUAGUUUUAAAUGUCUUUUCAUGCAUCAUGUAAAUAAAUACAUUAUUUGUACUGUAAA